AGGCUGUUUCUCCUCGGGUUCCAAUCCAGACGAAUCUGAUUUACUGCUUCUUUUCGUGCCUCGGGAAGUUGACUUUGAUUUUGGAACUAUCGAAAAAUUAGUAUCAAAUAACAAUAUUAAUAUAGAACCUUUCUUAUUACCCAUAUAUCUAUUGAUUCUUACAGCACGGACGCCAUCAUUUUCAGUUACUUCUUCGAACAGGUAUGACCAAUACUGAUCUAGUGUUUUAAUAUCAUCAGGAAGAUUGUUUGCAAUGAAUUCCACGUUUGAAUCCACAAAGUUAGCGAGACUUGGUCGCCUAGCAACCUUGAGGUAGUCAGAAAUAGCUACCAUGGUUAAUUUGUUGCUAUGUUAGUUACAUACAAACAAAAAUUUAUAUCCCGUUAUGUCUUGCUUAGCAACGUACCUUUGCGAUGUAAUUCCAUGGCAACUGAAACUUAACAAACGUGUUGCUUCGGAAGAAGGUGGCGAUUGGAAGCUGCGGAACGCGUUUCUUAACUUCUGCUUUUUUUUUGUUGCUCAGCAACCAAUUAUUGCUCAGUCAACUCAUAGAAACAGUUUCUCAAUGAAUUUUUUUUUAUUAGAGUGAAACUAUCGUCUUAGCUGCUCGAGUGGACGUUGUUAACUCACGUUUCUUAGACGAUGUUACUUUUUCAAUUUGCUCGAGUGGCCGUUGUUCACUUUCUUUCAGGGUGACGCUAUUCACGCUCGCCCGAGUGGCCGUCGUUAACUCACGUCGCGCAUUUUCUUUUUUGGGAUUGCUGUUGCACUUAGCUUCCUCGAGUGGCCGUUGUUCACUUU